AUCCGCCUGCAUUAAGUGCUCGUGUGAAUUAGUUGAAACUAUUUGAGUUAUACAAUAUAAGUUUUUUUAUUUUUACACUAAAUGCGCUUCUCAGCCUGCAAGCUGCGUUUCGUGAUAAAAAAACUGCAUCGCUUAGCAGCAGAAAUAUGGGAUUAGCAAAAUAAAUUUCAUUUCGCAGUACGUGAAUUGCAUAGCAAGAUGAUUGUUAAUGCGUCGUUGGAAUUUUUCGGUUUUUUCUGUAUAAUUUACUUUGGUUCCGUUUCAAGCGAGGAUCCAUUUACAAUAUUCCUUGAUGGCGGCAGUGAGUUUAAGAGCAUAAAGGAUGAUUUGAAUAGUCUCAAAUCUGACAUGGCAGAUGCGCUGAAAGAGAUGCAAACAAGAUUCAAUCUAAUUGAAGCCAAGGUAGAUAAGUUAAAUAGCAUCGCGAAUGGUUUGGCAGAUGGGCUGAAAAAUUUGAGUCAGCAAUUAUCGAAGAAUGAUGGCAAUAACUCAAGACGCGCUUGCACAGUGAAAUUAGAAGAAGAGCUGAAUUAUAAGUAUUCACCAUUCGUGUGAAUUAAGAGUUGUUUAAUUUUUUUCUUUGAAAUUAAACAAUGGAAUUUUAAAUGUAUAUGUAUAUGUAUAUUGCUUGAA